AUGGCACGUUUUCUCUUCUUUCUCGCCAUUUUGGGGUUUACAACGGCGAACCUGACUGGGUUCUCUGGCCGAAAGGGUGCAUUAAACCGCGACUUUUCAGGCGUGGGCGGCAUCUCGUUGGCUUUAUCCGCCUCCUGCUCUUCUUCCGAGAUCGACUGCGGCGGAUCCUGCAUUGCUGGCUCAGGAGAAUGCUGCUCUGCGAGCGAGGGGUCCUACUGCGAAUCGGGAAAAUACUGUACCGACGAUGGAUGCUGCCCCAAGGGCGAAAUCUGCACUGGAGAGGCUGCUGGUUGCGACGCCGGUAGACAGCUUUGUGGCGAAUAUUGCAUACCAAAUAGCGCUGUUUGUUGCAGCGAUGGCAGCUAUUGCAAUGGCGGCGAAACCUGCACCAGCGACGGAUUCUGCUCCAAGGGCAAGGGCAGCGGCAGUAACGACGAUAACGACGAACCUACCGAGACAGACGACAACGACAGUCCCACCGAGACAGGCGACGAUAGCGACACACCUAUCGAGACAGACAAUGAUAACGACGAUCCCACAGAGACAUUCCAACCGCAACCAACAAUCACCUCCGCAAGUGAAGACAGCGGUCAGGGAAACACGCUUUGCAAGCGUAAGAGUCGAAGUGGAGGCGGCGACGGCGAUGAUGGUGACGAUGGUGACGAUGGUGAUGAUGACGGCUGCAACGAUAAUGGUGCUGGGUCGAUGCUUGCGCCGAGUUUCGCAAGUGUCCUGUUGGCAGUCUUUGUUUUAAUGCUAUAA